AUGCGGUGCGUGGUGUCGCGCCUGCCAUGUGGGCGCCGCUGGAAGACGAGCAUGGGAAGAAUGCAGCUGCGACGGAUGGAGUUUGAAGAGAAGGCCUACCCCAGGCUGGCCACACACGAGCCCAAGCGUUUGCCACGAAGGGGCCGGCGGGGCGGCUGGAUGCAAGAUCCACAGAUGGAUGUGCCGAAGUAUGAUGGAACCAACUCGGCUCAAAGACAGUGGUUUGAGGUCCGCAAAGCUUCCAUCGAUGAGGAGUUCGUCUCGAAACUUCAAGCAGACACCGCCAACAUCCAGGAGAUUUUGGACCAGCACCUGGAGGCCAUGGACCGAGUGAAGGUGGCCACCCCUCCAGCGGACUCCUUUCGUCUGCCGCACAUCCAGCGCUUGGCCAAGACGCCCAAGGUGAACCCGGUCCACGAGGCGCACCGUGGAACCUCGCCGCCGGUGCAUGCGCCGCUGCAGCCGGAGAUGCCGGAAUUUCUGGAGACUUCCCGCCUCCAGCGCCGCACGAACCGCCGCGGCCGCUUUAUUGGACACCGGGAGGAUCGUGUGCAGAACGACGGACCAACGACAGGACCUGAAGUGCGUGGAAAUCGCAAGGCCUCCUGGUUGAGCGACUCAGACAGUGACGAGGAGGCAACGACCCAAGCGGCAACGACCCAAGGCGCACCGCGGCUCAGCAUGCUGGACCGGCGGCGGCAACGCAAAGCCGCUGCGGUGCAGGAGGAAGAGGCCUCAGACUCGGAGACCGAGCUGAUGCCGCCGAACCCGGAGGAAGCGAUGGAACCUUUGCGACAGUCGGAGUUGGCGGAGCUGUGGAGCAGCUAUGGAGCUAGCUGGGUGGAGCACAAUCGCUGUGUGGUGCCAUCCAACUUUGCGGAUCCCCAGGAGUUUGCUGGUUCGACUCUGGAUGCCUAUGCCCAUACCAGGGCUGCGGCUUCGUUGUUCGACAUUUCCUUCAAGGUGUGCUUGCAGAUCACAGGUGCGGAUCGUGAAUUUGUGGCGGAUCAAUUCUUGACGUGCAACCUCAGAGCCAUGCGCAGUGGUGAUGUGCAGUAUGCCUGCGUCCUGGAUAGCAAAGCUCUGAUCCUGGAUGAUGCCUUCGUCUUUCUCGAGGACAAUGCUGUGAACGUGCUGACCUCUGGCUGCCAUUCCAGGCAAUUGAUCGACUAUUUGGGGCAAUAUGUCGUCUAUGUUCGCCGUUCGGGCGCGGAUGUGACUCUGAGUUUCCACUCUGGCGAGUGGGCGGCCCUGGCGCUGCAAGGGCCCCAGUCGCGGGAGGCGCUAAUUGAGGGCUUGAGACACCUCGACUCGCACCAGCUGGUGAACCUCUCAACGACGGAGGAGGUCCCACUGGAUGCCUCGGUCUUGAGGGAGAUGCCCUAUAUGAGUGCUGUUGCGGUGAAGGCCAAGACAGGAGCUUCGCCGGACCGAGUGACGGUCCUGUGCACCGGGAUGACGGGAGAAGAUGGCUUCGAACUCAUCGGCAGUCCACGGUCCUUAAUGAAGCUGGCUGAGAGCCUUCUUUCAUUGGAAUCCUCUUUAGUGAAACCUGGCGGAUUAUUUUGCUUGGACAUCUUGAGAAUGGAGGCAGGUUUACCUCGCGUGGGCGCCGACAUCCCCGUGGGACUCUACACGCCCAUUCGGGCGGCGCUGUCAUGGACCUUGGACCAGUCCAAGAUGCGUAGUCACCUGAUGUUUGGUUGGCAGAAACUCUUUUUCCAACUGGCCAAGGGUCCCAAGUUCCGCCGCGUGGGGCUGCUCUUGGACGGCCCUGCGCACGCGGGCUGCCGGGUUAUGUCCAACCCCCACCGGCAGCCCAUGGGCGUCGUGUGUUCAAGCACCUGGAGUCCAAGAUUGCAGUGCCGGGUGGCACAGGCCUAUGUGAAACCGGAGUAUGCCAAGGCCAACAAACACGUGUUGAUCACGGUGCCCUACAACCUCCCCAUGCACAAGAUGCGCGUGAAGGCCAUCAAGCGGCACGUCCGCAGUGGCCCCUUGCGUUCUGCCUACCGACGCCUGGUGGCCGGGGUGGUGGCGCCGCUGCCCUUCGUGGCGCACAGCUACCCGGAGCCGGAACGGCAACGCAAGGCGGCGGCGCGGCUGCGGAACUUCGAGGGGACGAAACACUUCAGCAGGGCCACGCAGAUGCCGCCAGGUGGCUACCCUCGCGCAGUUCAGAGGCCUCAAAGCAGAUCCACUGGGGAAGAGCUGCAAGAAGGUUAUGAACACGCAGCUGGGGCUGAAAAUGGGUGA